CAUACCUCUCUUGCUCUCCCACUCUACCUGGCCCUCUCACUUUACAACACAACUCGAUCAGGCCGGCCGCCGACGGACCGGCACGGCGGAGGGACCGGCCUGCCACCGGAAUUGCUGUUGAGCCCCAGCAAAGUCUCUUCUUCUACCUCCGGCUCAUCGAUCCCCUUAGAAUUCUCUCCCUAGCUAGUACUUGAGUACUUGUUGGUAGGCAGCACAUAUACCUGCACAGGAAGGCAACAGGAGAAAGAGGGGAGGGGAGCUGGUAUACCAUGGAGCCAGGCGGCGGGGGAGCGGCCGUGUCGGAGGACGCUGAGGCAGGGCCGUUGUCGUCGUCGGCGUCGAGGCAGGCUGAGAAGGCAGAAGGGAAGGAGGGAGAAGGAGGUCAGCAGCCAGCUGCUGCAGGAGGUGUGGUGAGGGGAGCGGCGGCGGUAGUGCAAGAACCGCAGCCGCUGGCGCAGCAGCCGCCGGCGGCGGCGGCGGCGUCGGCAGGGCUGAGCAGGUACGAGUCGCAGAAGCGGCGGGACUGGAACACGUUCCUGCAGUACCUGCGCAACCACAAGCCGCCGCUGACGCUGCCGCGGUGCAGCGGCGCGCACGUCAUCGAGUUCCUCAAGUACCUGGACCAGUUCGGCAAGACCAAGGUGCACGCCGACGGCUGCGCCUACUUCGGCCAGCCCAACCCGCCGGCGCCGUGCGCCUGCCCGCUCCGCCAGGCCUGGGGCAGCCUCGACGCCCUCAUCGGCCGCCUCCGCGCCGCCUACGAGGAGUCCGGCGGCCGCCCGGAGUCCAACCCCUUCGCCGCGCGCGCCGUCCGCAUCUACCUCCGCGAGGUGCGCGAGGCGCAGGCCAAGGCGCGCGGGAUCCCCUACGAGAAGAGGAAGCGCAAGCGCGGCAGCGGCGGUGCUGCCCCCUCCGCCGCGCCGCCCGUGGCGCCGCCCCCCGUCGUCACCGCGGACGCCGGGACGUCCGAAGGCGCGGCCGAGGACGACGACCACGACGACGAAGCCACCCAGUCCGGCGAGCAUCAGGACACCGCGCCGGCGGCAUCUCCUACUACUCCACCAGCAGCAACCGGUGUCAGUGCCAGUCCUAGUACUACUACUACUGCGGCGGCGGUGGCGGCGGCGACGGCGACGGCGAAAAGAUCAGCUCCGAGUUCAUGAUAAGUGUAGAGAUCGUCAACCAUUGGCACUUUCGAUCCCCUCACCUCCAAAAUUCUAAUCCAGCAUCGUCAUCAUCAUCAUCUUAAUUUUAGUUUCUGUUUAAUUAUUACCAUUAUGUUAUUAUUUGUUGGUAUGAGAAGAGAAGCCUAAUUAAGGGGGUUUGUAGGAUCAUGUUAGGAUCGAGUACAUAAAAAGGCUGCAAAUUAACAUGCCGAAAAAAGCUUUAAUUUGAAGAAAUAAUUAAGAGGAAGAUAAAUUUCUCUUCUCCAUCGAUAUGAUCUCCAAUUUGUUUACAAUUCAAUAUUGUUUGCUUGUUCGUUGAUUAACUUUGGUGCAAUAUAUAGGGGGUGCAUUGAUAAUUCAACUUGAUUUGUUUGCUAAUUAGUCCUAGCUCCUUAGAUGGGGCCUGGCUAUAGCAAAUGAUCACGGUUUUCUUAGUGCCUGAUCCGGCCAUUAUUAUAUUCUCUUAGUUCUCCCUCCAUAAUUUGCUUGGUCCCAUUCGA